AUGGAGAUGAAGCCGCACAAGAAGCAUGCAAAGGCAGCCCGGCUGGCGGCAGCAUUACAGGUGCAGCAGGGCCUGCUUGCGGCUUUCAGGGGCUCGGUGGCAGCUCUUCGAUCCCCCAAAUUCAGACGUAAGUACGGCGAGUACUUCCUCAUCAUGAACGCCCUGGCUCUGGGCAUGUUCGUGGUCAUGGCAGUGCUCUAUGUGCCUUGGCGUGCCACGCUGUGGGUGGGCUCCUUCUUCUUCACCAUCCCUGCCGCCCAGCUAGGGAUGGCGGACCUGAUGGUGCAGUGUUGGGUGAUUGUCCCCACGCUGGGUCUCAGCUUCUUCCGGUUUGCGUCGGGCACCAUCUUUGCCUAUUCAGAGAUCGUCUACUUUACAGUGCUGGCUGCCUUUUGGAUCUACUGCCAGCGAACGCUGAGACUAAUGGGCCUUUCGGUGCUGCUCUUCGUCGUCUACAACCUCCCCUAUAUAGGCCACAUGGCCGUGCCACUAGCCCAGCUCUACCUGAUCAACAAGACAUUUGGCUGGCGGCCGGCUGUGUUCGUGGGAUGCUGCUAUGGCGUGACGGCCUACGCGGGAGAUGGAGUGAGCACGUUGGCCAUGCUCGCGUUCCAGUUCUGGAUGUCGGCCGUCGCCCUCACGCGAGAGCUGCUGGAGCCCUUCUUCACUCGUCUCCCCGACUACCGCAAACACCCAGCCAUCCUGCGCAAGAGAUACUACCGGCUGAUGUUCGGGUUUGGAAUGCCCUUUGCUCUGGUCCUGUCGAUCCCGCUCGUCGGCCCGCUGGCGUGGGGCCUCGCACAGGCAGCCACCGCGGCGCUGGUGGUGGAGAUCGACAAGCAGGAACAGAAGCACAGCGCCCGAAAAGGCACACCGCCCAUCGCCGUGGUUGCUGCUUGCAUGUUGUCGAUAGCGUUCUACGCGAUCUGGUAUGGGCUGAUUUGGGGAAUCGCCCACUUCAUCUAUGGUGUCCGACAACAACACGGCGAAGAGGAGAUAGAAGUUGUGUAG